UUUAUCAAAAAGCUCUUCACUCAUGAACGUGAUUCCUCACUGCAUUCCUCUUCUGGGAGGUCUGAUUACCACUGCACUCGCUUGAUGUUGUCAGAAUUUUCUUGCCGUACUGGGUUUUUAUUCUGAACUUAAAAAAUGACAUUGGUGGCACCUACUCCAUUCUUGCUUUCGUUCGUUCAGAUACAGAAUGGGGAAAAUCCAAGUAUGGAACUUGGCUCAUGUUCGCAUCAAUUGCUUUCUUUGUUGUCCUCAAGAUUAUUUUUGGUCUUGCUCAAUCUUUGACCACCAAGUCAGGCUUCUCGUUUUUGACUCGCAUUCUUUUUUUCGUCAUUGCUGGAUUCUCUGCACUCACCUGCCUUUUCAUGGUUACUGCCGUUACUUUGGUGGGAUUAGAUGUGAAAAAAUUUAAUGAUGAUAACGCAAAAUUCAACAACAUAAGUAUUUUAAAGUUGGGCUGGUCUGCUUGGAUGUGUGUUGCGUCUGCUGUGUUGAUGGCUGGAAGUGCUGCACUUGCGGUUCUCAUUGGUCUUUUUGGACGCCCGGAACAAGAAUUCAAUGCGAAGACUUCGAAAACUUCUAAAACUACCUAGAAUUGAAAAUAAAGUGAUUUGAGAUUGGAA